AUGGCGAGUAAUGCGGCUACCGACAGCAGCGUGUCGGUCCCACAAAUCAAUGAGCUGCUACGUACACCCGAGGAUCUGGAGAAGAUAACGAGCUUGAAGACGGAACUCUCGCGCAAAAAGGCGGACAUCGACUCGCGCUUAAGGGACGGGCUCAAGGAACACCUUGAAACCACCCAGAAUGGCAUGUCAACGUUGUCGGAAGGGCAGAAGCUUGUCGGUCAGAUCAAAGAGGAGAUGAAAAGCAUACAUGACCUCUGUGAACAGGCUCAGUCAAUACGAAAGAACUUCCCUCAGAUCGACUAUCUCGCGAAAGUGCACCGAAAUUUCGAGGCCACAAGGGCUAUGCAAGCUGGUCUUGAUACCUUUGAGAGAGACUGCGCCUAUGUACAACAGCUACUAGAAGAAGACGAGAACGAUAUGGAGAGCCAACCCAAUUUACUCGAAGCACAUAUGCGACUAACGAGAUUACGAGAUUUCCGAGACGAAGCGUUGGAUCAAAUUCGAAGGGCCAAAGACGAGAGCCUAGAGCAAACCCUUACAGACUGGUUUCAACCCCUGGAUAGUGUCGUCGAUUUGUUUGAUGAACAUGUUGGAUUUGUGUGUAUGCGCCUGAUUGACUUCGUGCAAAACGAUUUGAACGGAACCGUAGUGCGCCUGGCGAUUGUCAUCGCCGCAGAAGAGAAGAACGAUGAUCGAGUCCGUGCCCUGCAGGACGCACAGAAAGACCACCAAGACCUGGUCAGCAAGUUCACGUCUUUUACCAUCGGACCAAAGAGCAUUCGAGGCUACAAGGAGCGCUUCCUUCAAGCCAUCGAGGCCGUGGUCAAUAACAUGCUCGAGCAGACUCGGGAAGACUUCAACGAGGAUCCCUCAAAGCUCGACAAGUACACCAAAUGGUACUUCAACAAUCUCUUCGUCGUCAAGCAGGGCAUGCAGACACUCUUUCCCAAGAAGUGGAAGAUCAUGAAAACCUUCGUGGACAUAUACCACAAAGCAAUGCACGACUUCCUCUUGUCGUAUAUUGAAUCGCCUGAACUACGGCCGCCAAACAUGCUUGGUAUUGUGCAUUAUGUCGAGAUCUACUAUCGAAAAAUGGACAAGUUGGGGGUUUCCCAGUCAGAGCUGAAACCACACGUUGUUGAUGGACGCGAGGCCGAUCUGGUGAGAGAAUAUCGCAAUAUCAUCACCAAGGCACUCACUUCCUGGAUCGAUCGGAUGUACAUCACGGAUCGCAAGAGCUUCCUGGCUCGGUCGAGCGACGCUAUUGAGCAAGACUCAGAAGGCCGAUUUCGCACCAAGACUAUGGGCGACAUGUGGCGUAUGCUUCAUGAGCAGCUUGCUGCCGCAGGGGACUCGGAGCGCGAGGAUGUUGUAGAAGGUGUCGUGUCGGCCAUGUUCAGCGCUCUCAAAUCUCGGCAACAGCAAUGGGAGCGUCUCGUGGACGAAGAAACACAGAAAUUCAAGACUCCGAGUCCAGAGCAGCUCGAGACUCUCCAGCCUUUCCAAGACUGGCUACUGGCGAUUGCCAACGACCAGAUUGCCUGCGUCGACGACGCUGCGGGCGCCGAUCCUAAUGACCCAACAGCACAAGUUGGCUAUCUGAGCCGGUUCAAGGACGAUUUCACCAGAUUGCCUACACCGCCAGGAACCAAGUUCCUUUCUACGAACGGCACAACGGAGCUUGAUGCUAUUCGAGAUGGUUACGUUGACCUUGCCACGUACUGUAUCAAUCGCUUCGUCUCCCUCAUCUUCACAGUGGACUUCCGCUCGAUCAUGUCCGAAUUUUUCGUUCCAGGUAAAUGGUAUGAGGCAUCGGCAAUGACUCGCAUUACUACUACGUUCGAUGAUUACAUUUCCGACUACAACGCAGUUCUUCACCCUUCGCUAUUGGACAUUCUCAUAGAGGAAUUGUCGGACGCUCUUCUUAUUCAUUACCUCACUGGCAUCCGUCAGAAUCGCAGCGUCAAAUUUAAGCGGUCUGACCCUUUCCCUGCCAAGUUCCGCGACGAUGUCUUAGCGGCGUUCGACUUCUUUCAAAAGUUUCCCGAGAGUUUCAAUGACACGAUCAAACCACGUUGGAAAUGUGUCAAUUUCACAGUGCGAUUACUGGAGACGGAGAAGGCGGGUGUGGUAGACGUGUAUCAGCAAUUCAAGACUGAAUUCUGGGAUCUGCAAUUGAGCUGGGUCGAAGGUGUUUUGAAGACAAGGGAUGAUUGGGACAGAACGAUGAUUACGAAUGUGAAGCGGGCAGCGGCAGGCACAUACGGCGAGCGUGGUCUUGAGAGCGUAAUGGGUAAAGUGAAGUAA